AUCGCUCCAAACAAGGGCUCGUCGGCUUGUAGUUCUACAGUCAUCCGGAGGAAGAGCGUGUUAUUGUCACGGGGUUUUAUAUAAAAGUGAAAAUAAGAGCAGAGCUGAGGAGACUCGAGCCUCCUUCCUCCUCCUCGCCACAGUCAGAAGCUCCCACUGAACUCAAGUAUGCAUCUGGUGGCGCUCCUGUUCGCCUCUGCGCUCUCUGUGGGCACCCUGGCCCUCGACAAUGGGGUGAUGAGGACCCCUCCCAUGGGCUGGCUGGCGUGGGAGCGGUUCCGCUGCGACAUCGACUGCGUGAACGACCCGAAGAACUGCAUCAGUGAGAAUCUGUUCAUCGACAUGGCUGACAGGCUCGCAGAGGACGGCUGGAGGGAGCUCGGAUACGUCUACGUGAACAUAGACGACUGCUGGUCUUCCAAGGAGAGAGACGAGAAGGGACGUCUGCAGGCUGACCCUAAAAGGUUCCCAGGAGGGAUCCAUAAACUGGCGCGUUACAUGCACGACAGGGGCCUCAAGCUGGGGAUCUACGGGGACAUGGGCACACUCACCUGCGGGGGCUACCCCGGCACCACGCUGGACAAGAUCCAGAUAGACGCCCAGACCAUCGCCGAUUGGGAGGUGGAUAUGUUUAAAUUUGACGGCUGUUACUCUAAUGCCACGGACCAGGAGCAGGGUUACCCUCUCAUGUCAAAGGCUUUGAACGCUACUGGCCGACCCAUCGGCUACUCCUGCAGCUGGCCCGCCUACCAGGGUGGCCUGCCGCCGAAGGUUAACUACACUUUGCUGGGCGAGAUCUGCAACCUGUGGCGCAACUAUGGCGACAUCCAGGACUCUUGGGACAGCGUCCUGAACAUUAUUGACUGGUUCUUUGGGAACCAGGAUGUCCUGAUACCUGCAGCCGGGCCUGGAAGGUGGAACGACCCUGAUAUGCUGGUCGUUGGCGACUUUGGGCUCAGCAUGGACCAGUCUCGUUCUCAGAUGGCGCUGUGGGCAAUAAUGGCUGCUCCUUUAUUCAUGUCCAACGACCUGCGCACCAUCAGCAGCGGGGCUCGCGCCAUCCUGCAGAACAAGAUGGCCAUCAGCAUCAACCAGGACCCCAUGGGCAUCCAGGGAAGACGCAUCUUGAAGGAGAAAACUGGCAUUGAUGUGUACUGGCGCCCCCUGUCGAAAAACGCCAGUGCUCUGGUGUUCUUCAGCCGGCGUAAUGACAUGCCCUACCGCUACCAGACUAACCUCGGCAAACUCAACUACACCUUUGGCAGCUACAAGAUCUUUGACGUCUUCACUGAUAAGACCAUGACACUGAAGGACACCACUGACUUUGUGGUGUCGGUGAACCCCACCGGCGUGGUCAUGUGGUACGUCUCCGCACCCGCCAAACGGAACCUGCGUCAGUUCUAUAGAGGUUCUGAGUUCCAGCAGUCUGCCUACAAGGACCAUGAAAAUGCCAUUCCUGGUGUUUUCCUCUGACCGCCCGCUGAUUGAGCUCCGAUCGGGCCUCAGUGAAGUUGCUUGUCAUGAAGUGAUAACAUACAAGACGAUCAGAAGAUCAGAAGGAUUUUACUUAACCAUGAAGUGCCGAUGAAUAGCUCUGACAUUGGUUUUCUUAAAAAAAGCUCAGGGACAGCCAUUUGUCACUAAUUUGAAUCUCUCUCAAAUUCUGCACUUGUAGCCUCAAUAUUAAUCAAGUGAAGGGGUUCAGAAACAGAAAAGCGAUGAUUUGGGACUAAUGUAAAGUGUUUCUGUGCCUCACAGCAUGUGAGAGCUAUGAUUGAUUUUGAAAUUUCAGUUUUGAUUGUUGAAGCUGAAAGAUUUAUCAAACAUCAGCUCCACAGCUCAACUUUCACUUCUCUUGUUGAAAUAUUUCUUUCAAGGAAGGAUGAUAACGCUGCCAUGCUAGUUUUUCUAAAUGAAAAAGUGUGCUUUUUAUUAAAGGGUAAUUGUGUUAGUUUUUCAAGAUCUAGAUGUUUUGCUAAGGAUAAUUGUUAAUGAAUGUGUGUAAUGAAAAGUCAGGAGGAGGUGCUGACUUUGAAUGUUUACAAUCUGCAACUGACCAAUCCUUGUUUUUAUAAGAAAUGAUUCAGUGAAUUGUGUUUUUUUUUUUUUCAGUCUCACUUUUCAAUCUAAAAAUUAAUGUUUGUGUUUCAUUUUAAUAAAACAAUUAAUAAAAAAGAAAACUUUAGUCAUA